AUCACGAUGUUUCAUCUCUUGUAUCCUCUUCUAUGAACACCUCUUCUUCAACAUUUAAUAAGAUUAUUGAAUCUCAUAUAUCCGAUUCUCCUUUCUUCACAUCUGUUUCCACAUCCGAUUCUGCUAAAGGGUUUUUCCCUGAUAACUCUUCAAAAUCAAUGAGACAUGGUUUAACGUCAAUUGUACCUGCGGUUACUAUUCCUGCGGAUGACCAACUUUCAUUGCCCAUUUGUCAACCAUAUUAUACAUCUGCUUUGAAUAUUCCUUGGGAGCCCGAUGCAAUCAAUACUCCAGAUUUUCUUUCCGAUAGAUCCUCUUCGCUUACUUCAGUUUUAACGGAUAAUAGAACCGAUAUCUCAUCUAAUAGCCUCGUGAAAACUAAGAUACUUCCUAGAAAUUCUACUAAGGCCACGGCAACUUCACCUACAGCAAGUACGCCCUCUACCUCUCCGUUAACCAAAACCACUGCUGAUAAUAGCCGUAAGCGUUCCGCUAAUUGCAUUGAAAAGGAUUCAAAAACUAUCAACGAAGAAUUGGCUAUCAAACGCGCUAAAAAUACUGAUGCAGCUAGAAGAAGUCGUCUUCGUAAAGUUUUAAAAAUGGAAUCACUAGAGAUGCAGGUAAACGAACUCAAAAUUGAAAAUAAAAAUUUUCAAACUCGCGUUGCUGUUUUGGAAAGUGAAAAGAAGGGAUUGAAAGAAAAGAAUAUUGAAAAAGAUAAUAGAAUCAGAUUGUUGGAAAAACAAUUAGCUGAAUCACAUGAAAG